ACAGCCAACAGUAUCCAAUUAUCGGAAGUCUACUCUGGAUGAUGGAAUAGAACUGUCAUUUUGUUUAAUUUCAUACAGCUAAAUAGUCCAAAUAAGGUGAUAGAAAUCUAGUUAUUAUUGUUCAGAUUCAAUAAAUCAUAACACGAAUAUAGUACUGUAAGAGAGGAGGGCUACAGUAGCCUAGGCCUGCCACUGAAGCUUAGCGACCCUCAGAAUGUCGUCACGGUUUGUCACAAUGUCGUCAUAAUGUAAGCGCCAACACGCCCGUGACCUUAUCAAUAAGUGUAUUUAGUAUAUAUAUCACAACGUUGUCACCGCCACCUGAGAAACAUCCUAACGUUCCUCAAAUUGGUCAAAGAGCUUGUGACCAUUCGGGGUUUAUUCCCUGAUGGAGCAGCAGCAAGACAAAUUUUGAAGAGCAGUAAGUCAACCAUACCUUUUUGAAAAUGUACACAGAGAAAGUUCUGCGCGAGAUGGGCUACAAGUUGGGAGCAACAAUCGGCGAGGGAAGCUACUCCAAAGUGAAAUUAGCCAGCUCCCAGAAACACAAUUCUGAGGUGGCCAUAAAAAUUGUGGACCGCAAAAAGGCUCCCCACGACUUCGUCCACAAGUUUCUACCCAGGGAGCUGACACUUUUGAGGGGAGUGAGACAUAACAAUAUUGUACAUGUGCACGAAUUCAUUGAGGUUUGCAACGGCCGACUAUACAUAGUGAUGGAGGCGGCAGCGACGGAUCUUCUCCAAAAAAUCCAAGAGGUCAAUUCCAUCCCCAUAGCCCAAGCCAAGACCAUGUUUUCCCAGAUUGUCAGCGCUGUGAACUAUCUCAAUCAAAACAACAUCGUCCAUCGGGACAUGAAAUGUGAGAAUGUGCUGCUGACUAGGGACAACCAAGUGAAGAUCACAGACUUUGGUUUUGGGAGGUUUGCUAAGGGCUACCCUGAGCUGAGCAGCACCUACUGUGGUUCAGCGGCCUACGCCCCACCGGAGGUACUCCUCGGAGUUCCAUACGACCCUAAGAAAUAUGAUGUGUGGAGUUUGGGUGUGAUUCUCUAUGUCAUGGUCACUGGGUGUAUGCCGUACGACGAUUCCAAUGUCAGCAAACUCCCGCGGGCUCAGCGCAAGGCCUUGGUCUACCCGGAUGACGUCACCGUGGAAGAGCCAUGCCAGCAGUUAAUUGCAUAUCUGAUGCAGUUCAGCCCUUCUAACCGCCCGACAAUCCAACAGGUGGCAGAGCAGUCUUGGUUGCAAUAAGCAAGAGGCCAGGACAAUAUGAGUGAUUAAAUCAUGUGCAAUUGAAAAUCUCUGACUUUCGUUUUAUUAGCCUACACGGGGAACAAAGUUAUUAGCGGUCAGCUGCUGGAAAUAUUGUAGGUCUAGCCUACUACUAAUACUGAUGAUAUGCUAUUCACAUGUAGCCUAUUCAUCACGGACAGUGAUUUUAUAUUGUCAAACAAUACAAAAACGCUGCAAUCUAAAAGUAAAACAUUCAAUAGUUCGUAGGUCUGGCUACUUUGCCUUAAAACCUAUUCUUUUUCUGCCGUUCAUAAUGAACAAACAUGAAGCAAACCGUUCACUGAUUAACUGUUAACCUGGCAACUGUCCUGUUGAAACAGGUCUAAUUCCAUGGUAACAAUAUCUGAAGGUUCGUUUACACCUGUAAAUCAAAAAGGAUGACAGAUGCACUGGCCGCGUUGUCUACACAGGCACACACCACACCCACAGCUUCAAAAUGUCGAGCACGCAGGUCUCUUACCGUGAGCCAGAAACAUGCUCACAAAGCGAACCCAAGAACGCACGGCAAGUGGAAAGAUACUCUGCUUUGGAGCGGUAUGACCAGACGGCCAACGCGUACCUCUCCAAAAUGGCGAGUAUUUUACGCACACCUAUGCGGUGUUACUAUUGAUGGAAAUGUGGAUUCUAAAUCAUGCCUUUAGAUCAUUUAUGAAUAUACUCUUGGGCAAUUUCAAUGACGUAUGUGAGUGGUAUAACAAAUAUUAAAUCCCUGAUGACCUUUUAUAUGGCUUUGAAAAGGGCAGGGCAAUAAGCCUGAUCAUGUUAUAAUGAAACUACAAGGUAAUCUAAUUCGUUUUUGUAUAGGCCUACAAAAAUCAUUAAAACAU